CUCUUUGGAGGCGGCUGGCGUCGCGCCUGUAAACUGAAUCGAAGAAGACAAAAACUGACAAAAUCGACCAUCAUGAGCGAGAGUAAUAUUCACUUAUUCACUUGGAUCUUAUGGCAUAAUCCCUGAGAGCUGUCGUGGAAUUUCUCACCAACCGAAGCGUAAAUGGCUGAAAAGUAAGUUUUGAUGAUCUAAAGCUCUCAUUGUUGUUUGUGUAACCAGAUUUAGAGAGUUGUUUGAGCUUCGCGAAUUCUAGUGCUUGUUCCCAUGAUGGGUUUCAGCUUCAGCAUCUUGUGCUAAAUAAUAUGCCUGCCCUUAAAUUGAUAUUGUUAGUGACUGGUUUUUUCGCAGUUGGCAAUAUGAUCAUUUGUAUUCUUUCAAUUACCCAAAAGCAUGUAGAUGUGAAUUAUCGGGUACGAAUUAACAAGGCAUUUGUCGAUUUAGAAUGUGAACAAUCGACAACGACCAGAUUAUAGCGUAGCAAUGUGCCAUUUCAGCAUUGUAUUCUAGCGUAUACUAUUUAGGCUUUGUGAUGGGGUUACCACUCAGCUGUUAAGAACCUCUUGUAGAAUUUUCCAUCAAUGUGUAGGUUGGUUUUCCGGUCUGGUUACUACUCAUGCAGAAAAUGGUUGCAUUUAAUAACGAACUUUCAAUCGAAACAAAAUGUAAUUAAAUUCGACAAGAUCCUCGUACACCUGGAGCGCUAUUUCUACCACUGUUGCCAGCAGUAAUCAUUCUCAUCUUAUUUGAUACUUUCUAAACAUAUGAUGGUGUAGAUAAAACGGUUUUUUUCUCCAUGGAUCAAAGUAACUCUGACCUUUCUCGCCCCCUCAUGAAACGCACCACUCGUCGGUAAAAUAAGCUUAAGCUUACUUUGUUUGCGAAAGUAAGAAGUAGUUAGAUCCGUUCAUUUCAGAAACGUAACUUGCUUAUCCCCUGAGAAAAUUAGCAAGGAUUUGUACAAAUUAGUGGGUCGGAAGUACCUGUAGUUGUAUUUGUUCCCAGGCAAUUAAUUAUAACUUGCAUUUGCUUAACGCAUGAUGGGUCACGAACUUGUUUAAAAAGUACCGAUGGGGUCUAAUCCUUAUCUGUCGUUAUAAAGGUUUCACAUACAAGUAGUUUACCUUACAAUCUUAUGUUUAUUAUGGUCUCUCUUGUUAGAAUAUCAUUUUGUGGGAAGUUCAGGUGUUAAUUUCAGUGAAUAACACGUAAAUCAUAAACUCGAUUUUUUGAAUAAUGCAACAGGAAACCUGGGAUAUUUCUAGAAUUAACAUACAGGUAUCAGUUAUUGUACCACGCUGUGAAGUGAAACUGCUUUAGAACAACAGAAAUGUGGAUUUUGUUUUAUACCUCUUGGUCUUAACUUGUUCAGACUUGGUGUAAUUGCGUGUUUCCCUUCGCUCUUGUAUUAUUUUUAUAUUCAAUAUUGUUCUUAUUAUUUUGUUUUGCUUAUUAAUUGACUUGUAUGCUUCUAUUUUUAUUUAGUUCCUUAGCAAUGUACUUUAGCUUCAGGUAUUGACAUGGUAUUAUAUUUUCUUUAUCUCAUGUUGCAAAGAAUGUGAAAAAACUGCAUGGCUCAUUCGUCCUACCUUUGGUCCCAUUUAAGAUUUUCAUUGUUUUCAUGCAUGGUUUUGUACAGUUCUGUGUUAAUGAGUACAAAACAGGGAAAAUGGGAAUACGUUGAACCAGGGUAAAUAUUGAACUGCAUGCAUGGUGCAACAUUUUUUGUCCUGGGACAUUAAAAUGGUGGAUCCGUGAAGGGGCUAUCACCUAGGUAACAAAUAGAAAACUUAUCACUCAAGUUUUUGGUAUCUUGAGGGUCCUUGUAUGAGAAAUUUUUUUAAAAGAUUAACGAGCUCUGGAGUGAUGGCUAAUUGCUAUUGUAGCAAAACUCAGUGGCAUUUCAGAUAGCAAACAAAGUCAUGUCUGAUAGCCCUGGGCUAGUGGAUUUUCCGAUCAGGCUUGUGAAAUCUGGGCUUGUGAAAUCUGGUUUUCCUUUGGAGGUUGGAAGGGGGGAGAGGUGAGGAAUUCAAUAUUACAAAAGUCCUCUAAGACAUUGUGAAAAAACUAUUUAAAUUCCUAAUAAAAAUUUUUUGGGCUAGUUAAAAUAACGCUCAGGAUGGUUCAUGCUACUGACCUUCUUUGCACCCGGCAUUUGCUUCUCGCAGUUCUGGCUUUUAUAUUAGUUAUCAUGGAAGGGACACCAUAGUGGUGUCUCCAGGGAUGUAUCUUAGGAAAAGCUAACAAGCUUUUUUAAUAGUCAAGCCAGUUUUUUCACUCAGCUGGAUCUCUAAAGUGACCCCAAGCUCUUGUUUUCUAGAGCAAUUUGAGCCUGUGAUAGGGUGUUUUUCCGCUAGUGAAUUAAGCUUGCAGCUGGCUCUUAGUGACAUCUCUGUGUCUCUACACUAAGCUGCAUGUAUAUUUUAGGUAAACAAUUUCUCUGAGUAUCUUGGAGAUAAAAACUGCAGCGACCUAACGUUUUGCAAGAUUGUUCUAUGAUUUU